GUGAAUCUUGUGAAGGACGCAAAAGAUGGGCGGGUUCCAUUCGCUGCGGGCGCUACACCCUUUUGGACCAGCUUCCAGGGUAGCUGCCACUUCUAGUGGUAUAUAUAGCGCUACGCCUACAACGAUACAUGCUCGACACUCAUCCGGCACAAAUGUUGCUUGGACAAGUAAGAAAAAGUCGCAACCUGGAUUCGUGGAAAGAGGGAGGAGAGCGAUGAGGAAGGGUGGAGAUCUAAAGCCUAUCAAGUUGGGGCAGAUAGAAUUGGAGAACACUAACGGUCCUCCGAAUCUUCCGACCAUAUCGAAGUUGGAAGUUGGUCCAUUACUUCGGAAUUCAGCAAUCGCUUUUUCCUCCGGUGAGAAAUCCAUUUCAAAAGUCUUCGGACUUCCAUUGGCCGUAUAUAAAGAUUCCAGGCUACUGUCACAACCUUUUUCUGUUAUUCGAGGCGUGACCCUUCGCUCGUAUGGCUGGAUGGACAAGGCUAGCAAAACGCCAAGUCGAGAUACACGAAUAGUUCUAGCGGGUAUUCCGGGAUGUGGGAAGUCCGUAACAUUAUUGCAAAUGGUUGAGUACUGUGCAUCUAAGGGCUGGAUCGUCUUUUACGUCCCUCGUGCUAGCAACUGGGUCAAUUCUUCCUCCGCAUACCAAUAUGAUGCCCAGUCUCGCAUUUUUCAGCAACCGACGCUCGCCAAAUGGGCGUUGAAAAGGCUUUCUGCAUUUAACGAAUCGAAAUUGAACUCAGUCACCACCUCGGAGGACUUCAGACAUGAGAAAAAGACGAUUGUUUCUGGAUCAUCUAUAUUGUCUUUAAUUGCACUUGGGAUUCAAGAUCCUAGUGCUGCUCCACGAGUUCUAGAAUUUACAUUAGCGGAGCUGCAAAAAAUGAAUACUCCUGUGUUAGUUGCUAUAGAUGACUUUCAAGCGCUUUACCAGCGUUCGUUAUACAAAGAUCCCCUUUUCAAUAACAUCCCUUCCCAUGCUCUUUCCAUGCCUCGCUUGAUGCUGGAAUAUGCGUCUGGAGUGCGAUCUUUCCGACGUGGAGCUGUUGUCGGUUCGCUUUGUAUGACCAAUACAGACUUUCACAUCCCAUAUGAGCUGAGGGAUGCUUUGGGUCUCACACCUGACUUUUCGUUGCACCACAUGGGAGCACGGAAUCAAGCCUACGUAGAUUUUUCGAAAGGGUUGCAAGCAGCUGCUAUGACUGAAGUCUGGGAACAUGGCCGGGCGCUGCAUUCCAAAUUAACUGAAUCUCUAUUUCUUGCCAAGCUGGCUGAAUCAAGUGGGAAUCCAAGAGAGUUUCUUCAUCGUGGUCUGUGGUCAUCGGUUGUCACUUGGUAGCUUUCCCUUGACACGCGUGCCUGAUGGAUGUAAAUUGAAAUGCUAAAUAGUCACCUAUAAUUGAACCAAUUCAGUUUCUC